AUGAACGGCGACUCAACAGGCCACGCGGCCCUCCCGCCACCAAUGGCCUUCGCCUCGUGGCUGAGCAAGAACGAGAACCUUCUGCAGCCCCCGGUCAACAACUACUGUCUCUUCAGCGGCAAGGACAUGGUCCUCAUGGUCGUGGGCGGGCCCAACACGCGCAACGACUACCACGUGAACGAGACGGAGGAGUGGUUCUACCAGCUCAAGGGCGCCAUGUGCCUCAAGGUCGUGGAGAAGGACGCGGGGGGCAGAGAGUUCUUCAAGGACGUCGAGAUCAAGGAGGGCGAGAUGUUCCUGCUGCCGGGGAACACGCCGCACAACCCGGUGCGGUUUGCCGACACCAUUGGCCUGGUUAUGGAGAGGGUGAGGCCCGAGGGCAGCCUGGACCGGCUGAGGUGGUACUGCAAGAAGGGCGGCCACGAGGUGCCGACCAUCAUCAGGGAGGAGGUGUUCCACUGCACGGAUCUGGGAACCCAGCUGAAGCCGUUGAUUGAUAACUGGAGGGAGAACGAGAGCGUGAGGAAAUGUCCGGCGUGUGGCCAGGCCGAAGACCCUCAGUGA